AUGGCACAUUUUCAGCGCCAAGAAACAAUCGAUGCAGAAUGUCCACCUCUCACACCAACAGGGAGCCCGACUCAGACAGAGGCAUCCGCUCGUGGGCCUUCAACAAGGACGUCAGACGACAUCGAGCUCAAUCCGAUCCCGGCCUCUAGACAAGGAAAAGAAAGGCCCAGACUCGCAUUGCUAGCUACGAAAACCGGACAUAUUGCUAGCCUGUAUUCCAAGAUCGAGCGCUACGUCGACGACAGCUGGACAUCGGAAGGCCUGGCACUAGCAGUAGCGGCGCUGUGCUUCGUGGCGAUCAGCAUCGUUCUCAAAGCAUUCGACGGGCAGCCGGUUCCGAAUUUACCAGAGAUUGUCAGCUUGAACGCCAUCAUAUCCGUGCUGUCGACGAUCGCCAAGUCGACGCUCAUGUACGCCGUCUCUGCGGCCAUCGGGCAGUCGAAAUGGGAUCUGUACAGCCGCGGAUAUCGCAGCCUGCGAGACUUUGAGACCAUCGACGAGGCAAGCAGAGGGCCGCUCGGAUCGGUCCGCGUGCUCCUAGGCCGCAAUCUGUUCACGGUCGCCUCCCUAGGUGCGGUCGUCACUGUUCUAGCCCUGGCCGUGGAUCCUUUUGUGCAACAGGUCAUUCAGUACUCCUCCGAGCCACGGCUAGUGCAAUCACAAGAAGCCUGGACGGAGCUGGCCACUUUUCCGUCGUACUACUCCACCAGCGAUGAUCCCACGUACGUCGGAGCCAUCAGCGGUGCCGUCUGGAACGAGGCCAGCGUGUACGACCGGCAAGCGCACUGCCCGGCUGGAAACUGCAUAUGGCAGCCUUUUGAGUCUCUCGGAUGGUGCCUCAAGACGAAUUCUGUGGCCGACGUGAGCGGCGUGACGGUCGAUUGCAGCAUUGCCUUUGACAAGGCGGAUUUCAAGCAAGUCUACGAACAGAUCACGACGAGCGGAACCAUUGGCAAAAGUUACAGGGACUGCAAGAUCUAUCUGGACAAGAAUUCGACAACUCCCCUGUCGUAUCCCAUCGAGUUCACUCUAAAGGGGAACGGUAACUGGCAGGCGGGCAGACCAGUCAAUCCCGCCUGGAAAGAACCUUUCUACGUCACCAGCUUUCCUUUGGAGAUCGUGGCACCGGUUGGGUCAUCGCUGGACGGAGACUACCAAUACAUGGGGGUAUCGAAUCCGAUCCUGGCUAUGGGCUAUGCCAGAUUCUCCCUGGUCGGAGAUCCAAAGAAGGACUUGGCGCCACAGAAGAUCAAGCUCGAGCAUGCCGAGCAGGCAGUGCUAACUCUCUGCAGUAAGCAGUACAACGUCUCGGUGGCCAACGGCUUAACUUCCACCACCGUGCUCGACUCGCACUACGGCAAGUCAUACCCAGACGACAAAACCGUGCUUGGAAAAGGGGCAACCUGCUGGUCGCCCGGAUCCAAACGCGCUGAGGUCAAAGGCUCAUCGCAGAGUGUGGACGGUGUCAGAUACGUCAGCGAUAACUCAACCAUGGCCUUCUGCACGACAGACUGGGGCUGGGGGAGUGAUAUCUCUGCUCGCCUUAGCAGUGCACGGCAAGUGACAAUGACUCAAGGCGACGGCACCAGCGCGGAGAGUAGCCGCAAUAUCAACGGUACCGCGAACUGGCUACCCAGCUGGAGUAGAGGAAAGUGGAUCUCCAGCGAAGAUGUCCUGAACGAGGUCCGAUCCCGGUCACUAAGUGGCGUCCUCGAGCCAGUGACCGCGUCACUGAACAGCCUUCUCGGCGCACGCAGCUCCGAAAGGGCAACUGGUAGCUUCGUUCGAUAUGAGACUGUUGUGCAAGUGCAAUGGCGGUGGAUGGCCCUCCCCUAUGUCCUGGUCCUUCUCGGUGCUGUCUUUGUAGUGGCGGUGAUCCACGGUGGGCACGGGUCGCCGCGCACGUGGAAGGGAUCGGUACUGGCGGUUAUCUAUCAUGGCCUUCAGGAUGGAGAAACUAGCAGCCAGCUCAGCAAGCCGAGCGACAUGGGACGCGAGGCUGACGAGACGCAAGCCAAACUGAUGAUGGCGCAAAACGGGCUUCGACUGGUUCAGACAUAG